CGCUCUCUGGUUGGUUAAGGAUGCUGCGUUCAUACUUGACCAAGGGGUCGGGCCAAAAAUGUGAUUAGUUCAAUCAGGCUUUCUUUUUCCUCGAGGCACUUUGGGUGGACGAAGAUACGAUUAUGGCUCGGACUGGUUGUAUACCUGUGUUCACUAGUAUAGACAAGAGAGGUACAUACCAUUCCAUCAGUUUGUUUUGAAUAGUCAAUCUUCAACCCUUGGUUUUGUGGAAGGCGUUCCAACUUGUAGGGACACUACUCCGUACAGACACAGCCUAAGCAUACUAUAUGUAUACCACCCUUCCAUCCUCCAUCCUCCACAUCCUCCACAACACAUCCCAUCUCAACAUCCACUCUAUCCCCCACGAAACUCAAUCCCAACCAAAUCAAGAACCCUCCAAAAAACCAAAUGAACAACCCACGCCGACAACCAAACCCCAACAUCCCCCACCCAUCCACCUUCCUCUGGGCCCACGAGCUCCGACGCGAAAACGUCCAACUCGUGAACCAACUCAACAGUCUCAGAGCUGACCUCGCUGUUGCCAGAGAAACCAUAGCGAAUCUGAAUCAUAAGCACGAAAGUCUAGAAUUGCAAACACGCGAGGGAAACGCUAAGCUAGAGAAUAUCCUCAAGGAUCUUGAAACUCGAUUCGACACUAAUUUACGAACUGGUAUUGAGCGGGUUGAGGAACUUGAGAAUGAGAAUCGUCGACUAUGGGGUAUGGUUGAUGGGUUGGAGAGAAGUGCUCGUGAACAAGAGAGAAUGGAGGAGGGUAUUCGCGUGAGGGUGCUGGAUGAAGUGAGAGAUAUGUUGAUGGAACGGGGAGGGAGUGGAGCGAGAGGGGAUGUUGUCAAGGCUUGUUCUGCUGGGUCUGAUGUUCUUGUGCCGGAUUCGAUGCCUAUGGGUUCGGUUCCUGGUGUUGGUGGGAGGAGUGGGUUGUCGUCGACGCUUUCUGAUACUACGUGGGGGACGCCUUCUUUGGUGGGUGAGGAGAAGACUGAGGAAUCUGGGACGGGUUUGGAGGGUGUUUUGAAGCAGGGUGGGAGGUCGCUUGGUGAUUACUUGGUUGCUGCUGAGGGGAUGAGAUGUGGGUUGCAGCCACAGAGGGAUGAAGGUGAGGUUGUCAGGGCGGUUGUGAGAGGUCUUGAUGACUCUGGUAUCCGGGCUUUGAUCGAGGAAGAGAUGAACAACGCUGGGUGGUCUUGGAGUGCAUUGAGGGCCGUCAUGUUGAAGGUUAUUCAAGACAGGGAACCGCCUGUACAGGAGCCAGUCAAGGAAAGCGAAACGCCCAAUGGAAAUGACAAACUCGAGUCGACAAGUGCUCCGCAAGUCCAGCGCAAAAGGCCGAGAACGAGAAGGUCCAUACCCAUUGUACCGGCUGACGAAGAGGAUGAACGCAUUGUUAUGGAAAUGUAUCGCCGCUGAGAGACCGACUUACUUGUUAAUUCCAGAUAGUCUAUAUUGGAAGAGAACCAGG